GGAAGUAUGAAUGAUGAAGACUUUGAAAUUGAUGAAGAUGGAGGAACAUUCAUGGAUGUGUCAGACGACGAAAAUGAAGAUGUUCCAGAAUUUGAUGAAGUCAGCUCCAAAGCCAGUACUAAGAAAAGCAAGAGAAAGGGUGAAGACAGUUUUGACUUUGCUGGGUCGUUUCAAGGAUCAAAGAAAAAAAAGAAAAGUUUUGAUGACUCCAGCCUGUUUGUCUCUGCUGAGGAGUUUGGCCAUCUGUUGGAUGAAAACAUGGGAUCCAAGUUUGAUAAUACCAGCAUGAACGCCAUGGCUAACAGAGAUAAUGCAAGUUUCAAACAGCUGAAGUGGGAAGACUGA